GCAGUAUAAAGGCAGCCGCGGUGGCGGUGGCCGCGCAGAGCCCCGCAGUGAGGACUCCGGGACCGGCGGAGGCUCUCGGAACCCUGACUCUGCAGCUGCGCCGGCACGGCUUCCUGGGGACCAGGCUUGCGAAGUGACAUUCCUUUCUCUUUCUCUCCCUGAGCCUUUCUGAGAUGACGACUCUGGGCACAGUAGGUGCUGCCCGGGUCUUGGCAACCCUGGUAGCUGCGGCUCUUUGCAGCCACCCUCUGCUCGGAGUGAGCGCCACCUUGAACUCGGUUCUCGUCAAUUCCAACGCCAUCAAGAACCUGCCCCCAUCGCUGGGCGGCGCUGCCGGGCACCCAGGCUCCGCAGUCAGCGCUGCUCCCGGAAUUCUGUUGGAGGGCGGCAACAAGUACCAGACGGUUGACAACUACCAGCCAUACCCAUGUGCCGAGGACGAGGAGUGCAGCACUGAUGAGUACUGCGCGAGUCCCACCCGCGGAGGGGGCUCCGGUGCGCAAAUCUGCCUCGCCUGCAGGAAGCGCCGAAAACGCUGCAUGCGUCAUGCUAUGUGCUGUCCUGGGAAUUACUGCAAAAAUGGAAUAUGUAUGCCUUCUGAUCACAAUCAUUUCCAUCGAGGGGAAAUUGAGGAAACCAUUAUUGAAAGCUUUGGUAAUGAUCACAGCACCCUGGAUGGGUACCCCAGAAGAACUACACUGUCUGCAAAAAUGUAUCAUAGCAAAGGACAAGAAGGCUCUGUCUGUCUCCGAUCAUCAGACUGUGCCACAGGGUUGUGUUGUGCUAGACAUUUCUGGUCCAAAAUCUGUAAACCUGUCCUCAAAGAAGGUCAAGUGUGCACCAAGCACAGGAGAAAAGGCUCCCACGGGCUGGAGAUAUUCCAGCGUUGUUACUGCGGAGAAGGCCUGUCCUGCCGGAUACAGAAAGAUCACCAUCAAGCCAGUAAUUCUUCUCGGCUUCACACCUGUCAGAGACACUAAGCCAGCUGUCCGAACACAGUGGACUCCAUUUACCUAAUAUAUUCUAUGAAAACCAUUUGUGACUUUUGUGAGCUCAAUCCUUAAGGAUAUACAGAUUCUGUGGUUACAGUUAAACAUUCCAAUAAUACCUUAUGAAAAUCUGGAGUGUAAGAGCUUUGUUUCUUUAUGGAACUCCCCUGUCAUUGAUUGCAGUAAAUUACUGUGUUGUAAAUCUCAGUGUGGCACUUACUUGUAAAUGCAACAAAACUUUUAAUUAUUUUUCUAAAGGUGCUGCAUUGUCUAUUGUUCUUCUCGUUAUGUAAAUUUUUGUACACAUUGAUUGUUAUCUUGACUCUAAUAUUCUAUAUUGAAUUGAAAUAAAUAAUUUCAGCUGACACUUCCUAAAUGCAUAAGCCUUUCCCCUUUUAAUUCUAGAAUCUAGAAUGCAAAGAGCUUUUAGAAUGGCAAAUGAUAGGUAUAUAAAAUUAAUCACGAAAAUAUUAGCUUAUUUUCCAAAAUGUACUAUCUCAGUGCUUGGAUUAUGUUUAGCUCUAGGCUGUGAUAGUCCUUGAAAUAAAAUUUAACAUUUAAUACCAUGAAGUGUUACAAGUAUAGAUAAA